AUGGUGCCGAACAGAGACGGGGAGACAAACCGCUCGUACAUGCAGGACCCCCCCCCCCGCCUGCACGAGGUCAGCUUCCUGGAUGUCGUGGAGGCGCAUGUGCAGGCGGGGGGGAAGCUCAAGGACGUGUGGAUCCCUGGCAUGAACAUGGUCCACCCGGCCAGGAGAGCCCACGAGGGCUUCGCCGAUGUCAUCUGCAGGCUCUUCAACGCGGAGCUCGACGCCCUGGACUCUGGCGGGCCCGCGGCCGCGGCGGCCGACGACCUGGAGCCGCCCGUGGCGCGGAGGGACUUCGACGACCCCGACCCGCUGCCGUGGCUGCACGAGGCCUCCUCCGACGUCCCGCACAGCUGCAUGCCCGUGACCCGGCACGUGCCCGACGCGCCCACCAAGGCCACCCCGCGGCGGAGCCGCCGGGGCACCUGGCAGCUCGCGGAGGACUCGCCGGGGAAGCCCGGCUGGAUCGCGCAGGGCAGCCCGACGGCGAGGUCCCCCAAGCAGGAUGACUGGCUGGAGUUCCCCGUGGCGUUCGGCAGCCGCCCCGUGCUGACCGUCCAGUUCGUCAAGUCCUACAGCGGCAUGGGUGACGCUGAGGUGCGCCUCCUCGAGAAAGCGUACACGCUGAGAGGCUAUUGGGAGUCCAGCAGCUCGCAGGCCUUCACAGUGUACUUCAACGCCUCGGCGCCGCACUCUGCGGAGCCCAUCGGCGAGGUCUCCUACGUGAGGCACGGCUUCGGGGUGACCCCCAACUCGGAGGGCACCUUGCAGGUGCGGCUAGUCGCGGGAGCGAAGUUCAAGCUCCUGGGAGUCUUUACGUGCUGA